GAAGCAGCCAUGUGGAGCAGAGAGAGCGCUCCUCCACUCCUCGUCUGCCUGCUGGCGCUCACAGCUCUCUGGAAAACCAGGUCAGUGAAUGCCGAUGCCACAUCUGAUGCCUUUAAAACCAACAUCACCCUGUUCACACGUAUCCUGGACAGCCUGUUGGAUGGAUAUGACAACCGUCUACGGCCAGGCCUUGGUGACAGGAUAACUGAGGUGAAGACAAACAUCUACGUCACCAGCUUUGGACCAGUUUCAGACACAGACAUGGAGUACACCAUAGACGUUUUCUUCCGGCAAAGCUGGAAGGAUGAGAGGUUGAAAUUUCACGGACCAAUGAAUAUUCUGCCCCUCAACAACCUGAUGGCCAGUAAAAUCUGGACUCCGGACACCUUCUUCCACAACGGGAAAAAGUCUGUGGCUCAUAACAUGACCAUGCCUAACAAGCUGCUGAGGAUCAAAGAUGACGGGACUCUGCUGUACACAAUGAGGUUAACUGUGCAUGCAGAGUGCCCAAUGCAUCUGGAGGAUUUCCCCAUGGACUUUCAUUCCUGUCCACUAAAAUUUGGCAGCUAUGCGUACACAAUCUCAGAAGUGACUUAUGCUUGGACUCGUAAUGCCUCUGACUCUGUGGUGGUGGAAGGAGAAAGCUCCCGCUUGAACCAGUACGACCUGCUGGGACAAACGGUCGGACAAGAAACCAUCAAAUCGAGUACAGGUGAAUACACGGUGAUGACAGCCCAUUUCCACCUGAAGAGGAAGAUUGGCUACUUUGUCAUCCAGACGUACCUCCCGUGCAUCAUGACCGUCAUUCUCUCCCAAGUGUCUUUCUGGUUGAAUAGAGAAUCAGUACCGGCGAGGACCGUGUUCGGUGUAACCACCGUCCUCACCAUGACAACGCUGAGUAUAAGUGCGAGGAACUCCCUUCCCAAGGUGGCCUACGCCACCGCCAUGGACUGGUUCAUCGCCGUCUGCUACGCCUUCGUCUUCUCCGCUCUGAUCGAGUUCGCCACCGUCAACUACUUCACAAAGCGCGGCUGGGCCUGGGACGGAAAGAGCAUCGUGACCGAGAAGAAAAAAGAGAGGGCAUCUGUCGUCAAGAAGAACAACGCCUACGCUGUGGCGGUGGCCAACUACGCGCCAAACAUCACCAAGGACUCCGGCACACUUCCGACCAUCGCCAAAGGCGGAGCUUCGGAUCCCAACAAGCCCCGAGCAGACGGCAAAGCCCCCGACAGCAAGAAGACGUUCAACAGCGUGAGCAAAAUUGACAGGAUGUCAAGGAUUUUGUUUCCGGUUCUCUUUAGCAGCUUCAACCUCGUCUACUGGGCCACCUACUUAAACAGAGAACCCGUUAUAAAGGACAUGGUCCCCUCUACUUAGAGGCCAGCUUUGAGUGGUUCUGGUCUGGGGACUAAGAGACGAACCAAAUACCUCCAGCAACUGUGUACACAUACCUUUGCAGAGUGAAGUCCUGGAUUGCAGUGUGAUCCUCUAUCUCCGCCUGUUUUCUACACACCGUCUGCAGCACUUUUGAAAAG